CGGCGAACGAAAUCCAAGUCCUACGACCACCGCGAAGAUGUCAAUUUGUUGUCAAAUGUGUCAACCAUCGAAGACGGUCAAAGAAAAUGUCGGUUAAUAAAGUACACGACCAAUGGAAGGCAGCACCGGUUGCAAUAUACUGCUGCAUUUCAUGACAGAAAAUGCCGAACAUAUCGCCGUUAGUUAGUUUCCCGAAGGUGAUUGAGUAGAAAGUAGAAGACGCAAUUUGAAUUGGAUGUUGGUCAUUGAUGAGCAACAGCAAUGGGCAGCACGUCCUCAAAAUUCAAGAAGUAUCUCCAGCAUGGUGAUGAGUUUGCUGCUAUGCAGAUAUACCAGAACUCCCCGGAGCUCAGGAAGAACCUGGAUCCGAAUCUGAGCUACGGGGACAACCACAACCAUAAUACUGCUCUUCAUUACGCUGCCAAGCAUGGGAUGAAGCAUCUACUGCGGACGUUUCUUAACGACCUGGGUGGAAAUCCCAACAAGAGGAAUGGUUUCAACGAAACGGUACUGCAUUGCGCCAGCCAGUUGAACCAGACGAAGAGCUUUAGUGCUCAGGAAAGGAGGGCGGCCUGCGUUCAAUUGCUUCUGCACUGGAAAGGGGCGCCUUUAAGUACUGGCGGCAGAGAGAAGGUUGAUCUGGAAGCACAGGAUAAAGAAGGUAAUACUCCUCUGCACAGCGCUGCCAAUGAUGGUUUAAAACGAUGCGUGGAAUUACUCCUCUCCCACGGAGCGCCGCUCUUUGUGGAGAAUAAAGACAGGCAAACGCCUUGCGAUUUAGCCAUGAAGGGAUCAUUUCACGACAUUGCUAGGCUUCUCGAGAGCCGAAUGGUUUUCGCAGAUAACAGCGAUACUUUGAACGAAGACGAGAUUAUAGCCGAACAGGAGGUUUACAGUGGUCUUAGAAGCCAAGAUUUGCAGGAAGCUAAAGAUCAACUGCUCGUGGACACUUCAGACAUGCUUAAAAUUCCUUUAUUCACUGCCGAAGCUUUAUUGAGAAAUCAUGAAUGGUCGCGAGAGCUUUUGUUAGAGAAAUGGAUGAAAGACCCCAUCGAUUGUUGUCAAUCCGCCGGAGUUAAGCCGCCGUCCUCCGUGCUCAACCAAACAUCUUUUGAUUCCACCGUAUCGACUGAUUCAGCUAAAGACUCUCAACCGGAAAUAAUCUGUGAGAUCUGCUGCUCAAACAUGCCGAAGAAUGAAAACUGUUUGCAGAUGUCUUGCAAACACUCGUUCUGCAAAUGCUGUUGGGAAAUCUAUCUGACAACGAAAAUUCAAGAAGGAGAUGCCCAUCACAUCCUCUGUCCAGCGUAUCAGUGCCACAUCCUAGUACCAGUAGAUCUGAUAGAGAAAUUAGUGCAACCGGAUAUUGCCAAAAGAUAUAUACAAUUUGACAUCAAAGCAUUCGUGGAAAGCAACAAAUGCAUCAAAUGGUGCCCAAUUGCGGGGUGCGGGCGUGCUGUCCGAUUCCCAGAGGCUGAACAUCCUGAUAAUAAAAAUAAAUCCGUACCUGUAACAUCGCAUGCAGUGGACUGCGGAAACGCACAUUUCUUCUGUUGGGAGUGUUUAGGUGAAGCUCAUGCCCCCUGCGGUUGCAACCAGUGGCAGGAAUGGCAGAUGAAGAUUGCAGAGGUCAAACCAGAAGAACUUCAAGCCUCGUGCAGCGGAACGGAAGAAGCCGCAAACUUCUUAUGGCUCGUGACAAAUGCUAAGCCGUGUCCCAACUGCAGCAGUCCAAUACAAAAAAACGAAGGAUGCAAUCACAUGAAAUGCUCCAAAUGCAAAUAUGAUUUCUGCUGGGUUUGUCAGGAAUCUUGGAAGCAGCACAGCUCGGCCACCGGAGGAUACUUUCGUUGCAACCGUUUCGAAGCAGUGCACAAAGCCGAUGAGAAACAAGGCGUUCUGAUUACAGAAGCAGUCGAUAGGAACAAUCAGAUGCAGGAGAUGUCGAGGUUUUUACACUUUUAUAUGCGUUUUAGAAAUCACGAGAACAGCCAGAAGCUCGAAGAGCCGUUGCUUAUAGGUGUUCGAAAGAAAAUGGAAGUGCUCGCCAAAAGCUUAGGUUUAAAAGAAACUGAAGCUUUGGGAGCGAAAGGUACCAUAUUCAUAGAGGAAGGUGUGCGAGAAUUGCUGAAAGCACGGAGAGUUUUAUGCGGUUCUUAUGUUUACGGUUAUUACCUGGAAGAUGAUGGUUACAACAAAACUAUUUUCGAAUUUAUGCAGAAUGAGCUGGAGGAAGUAACUGAGAAGUUGAGCGAGAUGAUCGAUAGGCCUUACUUAAAAACUCCUAAAACUGUGAUCAUCCAAACGACAAUGCUGACUCGACGUAAACGACACGAGUUUAUUAGGGCUGUCGCUCAAGGGCUAAUACCACCGGAAACUCCUCCGGCGCAGAGGAAAGCCAAAAAGCGUAGAUACUUAGAUAUUGAUAUUUCGCAUACAAACGCUUGGCUUCGUGAUUGCCAAUGGCCUGAGUACGAUUCGGAUGCGGAGGAGUGCGAUAUAGGAUAUUCAGAUUCUCUUGAUGCUAUGAAAAGCAAAGAUCACGAGUGCAGCUUAAAAUGCACUAGACAUAGCUGCGGAAACACUGAUUACAAUAUGGAGCUGGUGAUUGCCUUGGAAAUGUCGAGGUUACAAAUGAUCGAGGAUAGGAUGAAGCAGGCUCAAGCUGAAACGGAAUCCAGCAAAAAUAAUAACGUGAAAAGCGACGUGGUCGACGACCAAUUGAAGUUAGCCAUACAGUUAAGUCUGCAGGAGUCCGCUGCAAGGUUCGGAAAGAAGUUGAAUGCGGACGACGUGGAAACAACGUAUCAAAAAACCAACGCCGAUUUAACGGUGGACUAUUUUCUGAAGUCUUUGGCGAACCAUAAAAUCGAUUUAAAGAAUCUGGAGGUCGGUAGGAUAGGCGGCGAUGGAUGGAAUAAGCGCGAUAAGGAAUUUCUGUUCAAGCCAUGCAACGAUAACGAGGACGGUAGAUUUAGGAUUUCGGAUAUACACGAUAAAGGAUUUGGAUUCGGUUUUAUGGAUUCCGAUGAGGACAAUGAUGUACGCUUAAAGAGAUCGCAUUCGACGGGUGAUCUGUGCGUACGUAAGUCGGGAAGAACUAGGAUCGGGAUGCAAAGGGAUGAGCCCAGAUAUCACCUGGAUUCGGAUCACAGCAGCCAGCAUGAUGAUAAACCAGAAGAUGUUGCUAGAAAGAUACUCGCGCUACCAUCCACCUCCGUCCGAACGAAGCAACUCCUUUUGCUUCAUCAUACUUAUCCGGAGGAGGAUUAUUACCAAGGUCAGAGUUCAAUUGAAGAUACAACGACGUCAGACUCGAUAAACGUAGAUAUGGAGGUGUGCAAUAUUUUAGAGUCCGUUGAUGAGAAGACAUCUUUCAGCGAGGAAGAUUGCAAGCUAUACGUAAACUUAACUAAUCAUGCGAAAAUUAAAGAGGUACAUAAGACUGAAGACAUAUCACAGCCCGAAGAGAAUAAUCAAACUCCAUUAGCCUCGCUUAAAGCAAAACUGUGUUCCGCUCAUUUACCGAAGAACAAAUAUUUGACGCGCAUUGCUGUAACCAAGAGCAUCGGAUUGAUCUCCGAUCAGAACAAGCUGCAGCCGCCUCCGCAAGAGAUCAUCCGCAGGAACUCGGAUCACGCUGUCAAAUCUCCGAAGCAAGAUACUCUUGUCGUGGAGCAUAAAGAGCAAUCUAAAUCCACAGGAUUUCUCAUACAACCCGUGCAGAAAAGCACAAACCUUAGAAUCAAAAUCAACCCGGAAUGUCCAAAGAUCAAUCACCUGGAGACGGACAGUUCCAAUGAAUACGAAUCGGAAACGGGAAUACCGAAAUCGCCAACCCUCUACAUCUCAGGCGUCUCAAUAUCACGAACCCCCGAACCGAAAUCCCCGGGUAUAAGUAUUAUAAACGGGAGGCAGUCUAGAUCGUCCAGUCUUAGCGUUCACAUGCCCCUAUCCACUUGCUCGUUGAAUAUCUCAACGUCUAGCCUAAACAAUAAUCUCUCGUCUGAACCAUUCACACCCUCUCUUAUACGAUCCACGACUCCGUCGAUCUCAAACAGCCCCAACAGGUCAUCGAACAAAGAAAACACAAAAUCCAAGAGCGCCAACGAACCCGAACGUGAGCGAGAAAUGUUCUGCUUUCCCAAAUCAUCGACGGACGGCGCACUCAGCUCGGUCCUCCACGUUCAGGAGUCCAACUUAAGCUCGGACGACUUCCACGAGGCUCUCUUCCUUCUGGAACGAUCACCCAAGACACGAGACUCGAAACGCAGAAAGAAAAUCAAAAAGAAGGAUAAACUGGAUGAGAGAAAAGAGGAGAUUAGUUCAGCGCUGUGAAAAAACAUUUUGGGACACAAAAUUGUAUUUUAUUUACCAUUCAUUAUAUAUAUAUA